UAGAACGUGAUGGUAGUCUUCUAGAAGGUGUUGCACAACAUUAUUUCAAACAACUUAUUACUGGAAUGGCUUAUCUUCAUAGUCUUGGUGUAGCACAUCGAGAUCUUAAACCAGAAAAUCUUCUCAUCGCAAAUAAUGAUAUUCUUAAAAUCUGUGAUUUUGGUUUGUCAGCAUUUUUUCGUGACCGAACAACAAAUGAGAAACAAAUGUUGACGACUUAUUGUGGUACAAAACCGUACAUAUCACCCGAGAUGUUAUCAAAAACCCCUUAUCAUGGUGAACCUGUUGAUAUUUGGUCCUGCGGUAUAAUAUUAACAGCCAUGUUAACUGGAGUAUUCCCAUGGGCUGAAGCAUCUGAUCAAAUUCCUGAAUAUAAACGUUGGUUGGAUGGUGAUUAUAAUAAUAGUCCAUGGGAAAAUAUUGAUAGUAUAAUAUUCAAUCUUCUUCGUGUAAUAUUAAUUGAUAAUCCAACUCGACGUGCUAAAAUAGUCGAUAUACAAAAUCAUCAAUGGUUGUCAAAAAUUUAUCCAAAAGUGGCAAAAUUACCAUUGAAUGUUUCAACAAUAUCAAAUAAACGAUCAAUAGAUAAUGAUGAGAGUAUAGAAAAUAAUAAGAAAAAACAUAACAUAUCAAAAUCUACUUCAAUAGAGAAAAGCACAAUGCGUACUGUGACAACAGUUGUUGGAAAAGUUCCUGUUGAUUCUGAAUGUGUAUCAAUGUUAGGAAAUGCUCAUGUUUAUUGUGAAAAUAAUGAUGUAUUUGAUUGUAUGCUUAAUCAAACAAAUGUUGGAAAUAAUAAUAAAAAUUUUUAUUUAAUUCAAUUACUUGAAGAAAAUAAUUGUAAAACAUAUUAUGUUUGGUUACGUUGGGGACGAGUUGGAUGUAAUGGACAAAAUAAUUUAGAACAUUUUGGUUGUGAUUUAGAUGAAGCAAAAAGAUUUUUUUGUCAAAAAUUUAGUGAUAAAACAAAAAAUGAUUUUUAUUAUCGUCAUACGUUUACAAAAUAUCCUGGAAAAUAUGAUUAUGUUCAACUUGAUUAUAAUCCAUCAACAUCCGAAAAAGUUGAUGAAAACAAUAAAAAACGACUCGUAGCUAUUGAACAAUUAAAAAGCCUACCUGCACCAGAAUCAAAACUUGAUAAACGUAUACAAAAACUUAUUCAAUUAAUAUGUAAUAUACAAGCUAUGGAAGAAGCAUUACUUGAAAUGAAAUUUGAUGCAAGAAAAAAUUCUCUUGGUAACAAAAAAAACGCGAAAAAGCUUUUUUCUUAUCGAUUUUAUUAUUAUUUUUUCUUAGGUAAAUUAAGUUCAACACAAAUUAAAGCAGGUUAUGCAGCAUUAAAAGAAAUUGAAACAUAUAUAAAAACAAAACAAUUUAAUUCUGCAUUUAUUGAAGCAAAUAAUACUUAUUAUACUCGAAUUCCACAUGAAUUUGGUCGAAAUACUCCACCAUUAAUAGAAACUAUUCAACAAUUAAAACAUGAAAUUGAAUUACUUGAAACACUUGAUAAUAUUGAAAUAGCAUUUACAACAUUAAAUACAGAUACAACUAUAUGUUUGAAUCCAAUUGAUCAACAUUAUGAACAAUUAAAAUGUAAAUUAUAUCCUAUUGAAUAA